AUGCAAAACCAACCACCUCGUACAUAUGCAACAGGACUUCCUGACACCCCGGAUUUUUCUGGUGUCAAUUUCGUCAUCCGUACGUCCUCGCCACCGUUGCUGCUAGAUUAUAUCUAUUCAAAUGGUAUCAUCUCACAUCAAGAACAAGAUUCAAGUUCCACUUUUUUUCUCAAGCGAUACCUGUUCAGAGCACCGUAUUAUUUCUCUUCCUUCCGAUCAGAAUCCGGACUCAAGAUGUCGAUUUCUCGGCAAGAGCUGUCUAGAGCUUGGGUGAUAGGCUUGAACGCAAUGCGAUUUCAUGCCCGAUCCAUACGUUAUCUUGACAAGUGGGGUGGAUGCGGAAUAGACGAUUCCAUUUUGGUAGAUCUCAAAGACCAGUUGAUGACCACUGGUAAAGAAUGGCAAGGCUGUUGGAAGGAACUGGACUGGGCUAUGGGUAUCCUGGAACAAUUCGAGACAGCUCGUUAUGUGCCAGAGGAAUGGGUUUCCUGCAAAUCAUACGAUAUACGCAAUCUGCUGGAAACAACAAAAAGCAAUCACAAUGAUCGGACCUUACAAUAUAUCAGCGACACAUUCAUUUACGCUGCUGUACAUCUCCUCAAUCUGGACAAAGAAGGAUACAAAAAGGAGUACCUGACACUGGCAGAAAAAACUGGGUUGGAUUUGGAAAGCAUACGCUAUUGUUAUGUACCCAAUCUGGAUCUCCUUCCUCCCAAACCCAGGUUCAAUGAUGAACAUGGGAAAAUAACCAAUAUAGGAUAG